AUGUCUGCGGUGCCAGUUGCAGAAAGAAAUCAAGACGCAACAAUUUAUAUCGGUGGCUUAGAUGAACGUGUACAUGAAUCUAUUUUAUGGGAACUCUUUGUACAAGCUGGACCGGUUGUGAAUGUUCAUAUACCAAAAGAUCGAGUGACACAAGGUCAUCAGGGCUAUGGUUUUGUUGAAUUUCUAUCAGAAGAAGAUGCUGAUUAUGCUAUUAAAAUUAUGAAUAUGAUUAAACUCUAUGGAAAACCAAUUCGUGUUAAUAAAGCAUCAGCACAUCAAAAAAAUUUGGAUGUUGGAGCAAAUUUGUUUAUAGGAAAUUUGGAUCCAGAGGUUGAUGAAAAAUUGCUUUAUGAUACAUUUUCAGCAUUCGGGGUUAUUUUACAAACGCCAAAAAUUAUGCGUGAGAUCGAUUCGGGCAAUUCGAAAGGCUAUGCGUUUAUUAAUUUUGCUAAUUUCGAUGGAUCAGAUACAGCACUCGAAGCAAUGAAUGGCCAGUAUUUAUGUAAUCGUCCAAUAACCGUUUCAUAUGCGUUUAAAAAAGAUUCAAAAGGAGAAAGACAUGGAUCAGCAGCAGAACGUUUGUUGGCAGCACAAAAUCCACUAUCACAUGCUGAUAGACCACAUACAUUAUUUGCUGAUCAACCACAAUAUCCACAGCAUCCAAUUUCAAUGCCAGCUCUGCCACCGGCACCAUUUCCCAUUCAUCCAUCAUCAUGGCUUCCAUACGGAGCAGUUGGAGGCUUACCAUUACCUCCUAUGUUGCCUCCACCUCCACCUCCAUUUGCCUUGACUCCACGACCAUCCAAUCCAUCAACACCUUCAAUAAGGCCACCACCACCACCACCAUCUAGACCACCUCCUCCACCACUAAAUGCGUAG